CGUUGUAGGUUCUACGGAUUAAUAGACAAACUCACUGAGAUGCUAUAUACAACUGAACUUGACUUGUCUUCUUUGGUAAGAAAAGAAUUUGAGACAUGCUUAAAUACGCGUACGUUCAACACAUGAAGUUCCCAUUAUUUAUUGACCUUGUUUCGUCGUUAGUCAUAACCGUUACAAUUUCCUCACAUUUGAUUGAUGCAUAAACAGCCUUAUUUUUCACUGACUAUUGUGUAGGAUUGUAAUCGGACAGUUGGCUGUAAUUGGACAGUUACACCAGCCAAUCACAUUUAGUGCACUCGGUUAAAUCCACCAAUCACAGAAUUUAUCACAAUAACCGUAGCAAGAAAAUGCAAGAACCUCUUCCUUACAAAACUGGGGAUUUUCCAAAAUGGACGAAUUUGUAUGAUUUGUAACAUUAGACUCGUCGUGUUGUUCAGUUGAGUCUGUAAUCAUACUCGUGAUUAAACACUGCUAAUCUGGUAAUCACUCCUAUGAUUACAGCCGGAUUACAGACCGAACUGGACUCUACUCAGUCCCAUUACCAUUACUUUACAAACUAAUUGUGACAAGUGAGUAAGACUGCCCGCCACGACUGACGUGGAUCUUACAAUCGUUAACCUACUGAAUCUCGGACGGAUGGAUAAAUACUUUCUUUUUUUCGCGUUUCCUAGAGGCGCUCUAUUACUGCUUGUUUGCUGACGCUCUCUUGUGAGAAUCUCGAAAAUCAAAAGACUCUUCUUCAUACAACUGGACUUCAGGUAAGUGAUAAUAUCCAAAUAGAAAAUACACAGACUAAUGUGCAUGCACACCAACGACACUGCCUACAUGGAGCUUCUAGUAUCAAAUUAGAAUUGAGAGAUGUCUUACUGGUUACUCUCCUGUUAAUUGUAGGAGCACUUGGCCUCAGUCUCUUUAGAAAACUGGAGUGCUUGGGAGGAGAAUGAAGCUGCUCAGUUGAUGAAGUUUCUUGGGCUUGAUCAGACAGGUGAUAGAUUUGAUAUACAGUAAAAACCCGCAACUAAGAACCUACAUUUUCAGGAGUUAGCCUAAACAGGUUCUUAUAUAAAUGGUACUUAACAGAAUUUUACGCUAUUUAGGUUCUUAAAAUGGGUUCUUAAUCCUGGAGAAAAAAACAAUGCAUAAUGGUGUGCUGAACAACAUAUUGCUUAGUAUGAUUUGUAAGUCUACAUACCUUCCUUCCUUUUUCUUUAAAAAUUUUUUUUACAACAAUGGCAAUCUGCUUUUUUUGCUUCAAAUAUGAUUCUUGUAUCGCAGCUGUAAUGUACUAGUAUGAUUUUAGAAAAUAAGAACCUGUUUUAAAUUUCUUAGGCUAAAUAGGUUCUUGUUUAUAGGAGGUAUAAAUGACCAAUUUUAGGCUAACAGGUUCUUAAUUUUUAGGUUCUUAGUUGCGGGUUUUUAUUGUAGGUGUAAUAAUUAUAUAAAUGUUCAUGUUGUGUAACCACAAUAAAGAUUUUUCUAGCCUGUUCACAGAACCUCUAUUUUCUCUUCUCAGUCCGUCGAGCGCGCGUGAUAAAAAACUAAAAACCGCGGGGGAUUUAUUGACCGCCAGCGCAAGAGAGUAGGGGUGGGGGAAGACGAAAUUAGACGCUCUCCGCGCUCGCCGAUGUUUUGGAAAAGAACGAAAAGAAAAAUAAAACAAAGUCUGUGAAAAGGCUACGAUUUUUCAAUCGCACUCAGUUGGAUUUCAGUAUCCCGCACUUUACAGUUUCUAAAUUUCUUAAGGUAAUUGCCAAACCAAACAGUCGGAAACAAGAGGAAUUAACGGGAUAAAAUAGAACGACACUGUUCGAUUGGAAACGUUUCCAAUCGAAUCGAAGCGAUCCAUUGGCGUUUCGACCGAAAUUGAAAGACUGAAAACGAAAGUUUAGGUCCGACUGAUCAAAGAGGACUAGCCUGCGAUUGAACAAGCUCUCCCGGGGUGCUCUGGCGGCGGGGCAAAAAAUGAUGGAGAACCUCAGAAGAACCUGCUCGCGGGUUAGAGGGGACCUUCAAUGGGGGUGGACCACUUUGACGGAAAAAUUUCAACGCGAACCGAAGCGUUCCAUUUAUUUCUCGAUGGAGUUUUGGCGUAAUGGAAAGCAGCCGUUGUCUUCUCGAGUCGGGAGCGGUUCUAUUUUCUUCAACCGUCCCAGAUUUUUCCAUGGUCAGCGAUAAUAUUAAUUCGUCUCGGGAUUACACCCAGUCUGAUCAGACUAACUUCUCAUUGCAUGUUUUUGAAAAUGUAGUUAAAAAAAUGGACGCGAAUUCACUGAAACCUACAAAAAAGGACAAGACGGAAAAAAGCCCUUAAAUCAUACGUAAGGAGCAAAGGAAAUAACAUCCGGGAGGAAAGGAAGGAAAAAGAAAAAAAAAGUAAUUUUUUGAACUCUCAGUUUUUAUAUUGGCUACUUUGGAGGUCUCUUUUAGCUGACCAGAUAGUUAUGACAAGAUAUGAAAUUUAUAAUAUUUGAACUGCGUAGUAAAGCGAAUUUAAAAAACACUGGAAUAAUCCUUGCAGUUCUUUUUUACACAACCGAAGGGGCUAAAUCACGCCAUUUGUUAUAUGUAUAUUAUUAAAAAGAUGAAACCUGUCUUUACAUCAAUUGAAAUCUAAACUCAAACUGUUUUCUGUCGUCUGUUAUAUUUACGGAUGGCAACUAAGUUCUCCCUGAAGAAAUUUAUUUGACAUCUUCAUAACUCCACAGGAGCAUUUUGUGUAUGGCCGACGGUAAGCACCAAGUGCACAGAAUUCGUCAAAGGCCUAGCUUGCAGUGCAGGCCUAUUUUGGGCGGGCGAAAGCUGCUUGGUUAUGUUCGUACUGUUGUAACCGCUAUCUUUGAUGUUAUGACGGAGGAAGAUUAGUUUGCCCACAGGCGGCCCAAGCUCAGUGUGUGAGGUUAAUCGUUAACACAUGUAGUUUCAUAUUGCGUAAUUUAAAAUGGCCGUGAAUAUAAAGGAUUUGUAUGGGAAUUCAGGUAAAAGAUUCAAAUCGAUGAAUACUCGCUAGAAUGUUCAAUAAAAUACAGCUUACCGAGUUUACUUUGCUUGUUUUUGUUUGCUGUGUGGUUAUUUUUCCGAUCCAUUGCGAUUUAAGCGAUUUCCUUUAACCGGAGUUAAACGCAAUGGAUCGGAAAAAUAACCACACAGCAAACAAAAACAAGCAAAGUAAACUCGGUAAGCUGUAUUUUAUUGAACAUUCUAGCGAGUAUUUAUCGAUUUGAAUCUUUUACCUGAAUUCCCAUACAAAUCCUUUAUAUUCACGGCCAUUUUAAAUUACGCAAUAUGAAACUACAUGUGUUAACGAUUAACCUCACACACUGAGCUUGGGCCGCCUGUGGUUUGCCCAAUUUUCUCCUCUCUUUUCGAGUUUCAACAUUGCGCUUUCGCGAGCAAAACAUUCGCCCGCCCGAUGAAAACGCCUGCACUGCAGGAUAUCAAAGGCCAGGUUCAGACGCUGAACUUUUCAGUCGAUGUAAUUUUAAAGCCGGAAAAUUUCCGUUUCUUCACAAAUGUAUCCACAGCAUUUGGGACAGACAUCUGAGGUUCUUUCUGGUAUCUGGCAUAGUCGGAAAUGGUAAACUCCCUCGUCCCUCCCGGAUCAUUUCCAUUCCCGAUAUAUGAACUUACCAUCACGCGGAACCGGACGAAUUUUGGACGGGUGGAAAAUUCGGGCGUUUCGGUGUUCCGUUCACACCUUGACCGUAAGAAAAUUUAGACGCAUAGCCGUUCAAAGGCCCGUGUGAACAGAGCCAAAAUAUUGAACGGCCCCGUGUGAACGUAGUCAUAGCUUUUGAGUAGUAGCUCCAAAACCAUAAUUGAUAAACUACAACUGGAAUCCAAUUUCGAAAACCUCCUAAUAAUUCGAACCAAAACCCACUUCACUGCUAUAAUUUCACGUCCGAAUCAAACUUCGUUCUCCUUGGAGAUUCGAAAAAUCAGGAUUCCACGUUUUAGUUUAACCUGCGUGAAAGGUGGUCAAAACGGAAGGGAAAGGACAUUUUGAGCGCGCAGGCGCAGGCUACUUUGAAGGUCAUACGCAGACGGAGACUAUUUGUUUUCCAGAAUCAACCCUUCUACCGGGAAAGCUGAAGCUUUUCCGGUCAUUAACCCGCCACGAAACAGGACCAAAAAAGCGGGAAAUAACCACAUCUUUUCUUUACAGUUGACAGGGGGUCCAGAUGGUCAAAGAUAAGAGCACCGGGUUCUAGACUUGCUGAGGAGGCAUACGCAUCUAGCAUUCAAGAGCAUUCCACAUAG